CUUGGAUUCGGGCACGGGAGCUCCAUGUGCUGGUGAAGGCGGUUUCGCGAGGCCAGUGCUGGCCGGAUUGUCUCCUCUGACGCCGGGCGGGAGGAGUCGCCGGCGGCGCUGCAAGGAUAGCCCGCUCUCCGCGGCCUCUGCGCCGCCCUCACACAAGAUGGCGGCGGCGAUGAGCGGCUGAGGGCUGCGCGUACACGCGGCAGGAAGUCUCGGACGCCGUCGGCCUGGUGGGGCGCGCUCCCCCGCGGGGACCGGAAGCGGAAGCGGCGCGAGAGGCUGGGGGACCCGGAGGCUGAGAGGGAGCGCGGAGGUAACGUGUGAGAUUGUGCUCCGACUUUCUCCAUGAACUGAACCAGACGUUACUCCCGCAUCUGCUCUGCAGCUCUCCAUAAGGAGGACGUGCACAGUGGAGCCAUGGAGGAGUCCCAUUUUAACUCCUAUUUCUGGCCAGCUGUCCCCACAGUCUCUGGACAGUGGUGUUCCUCUCAGCAGAUUGAUAACUCCAUGUUCCUGAACAAAGUGAAAGAACAGCUAAUUCAGGAGAAAGGCUGCAAUUUGGGGUCACACUACCCCGCUCUUUUGACGGUGCCCACGUCCGUUUCUCUGUCUGCGGGAAUCAGCGUCGAUGGAGACAACAAGGUGGAGAUUCAUGGGAUCCCCCACAGUCAGGCAUCUGUCACACAGAAUAUAACGGUCCUGCCUGUACCUACCACGGGGUUGAUGACCGCAACUGGCUUGGUGAUCACAUCCCCCUCUGGGUCACUGGUGACCACACCAUCCUCUUCAGGUCAGACGUUUCCCAUCUCUGCCCCCUCCACGAUGAUUGUGUCCACUCUGCCGGGUUCCCAGACCCUGCAAGUAGUGUCUGAGAUUACCAAGGCGAAGCUCUCUGAGAUGGGAGGACUGGGUACCCAAAAAACAAACCGUGGACGGAAGAAGAAGCGCAUCCCGGAGCCUACACUACCAGAACUGCAUGACCCUUAUGACUUGUCUAACGAAGACGACGAUGACCAUCAUAGAGAUGGGAAGACAUACCGGUGCCGCAUGUGCUCCAUCACCUUCUUCUCGAAGUCUGAGAUGCAGAUUCACUCCAAGUCUCACACAGAGGCCAAGCCCCACAAGUGCCCGCAUUGCUCGAAAACCUUUGCCAACAGCUCCUACUUGGCCCAACAUGUGCGCAUCCAUUCCGGAGCUAAGCCCUACACCUGCAGUUACUGUCAGAAAGCCUUCCGCCAGCUCUCCCACCUCCAGCAGCACACACGGAUCCACACGAAGGUGCACAGUGCGGUCUCCAAGCCCCACAAGUGCCCGUACUGCUCCAAAUCCUUCGCCAACCGCUCCUACCUGACGCAGCACGUGCGCAUCCACUCGGGGGCCAAGCCCUACAACUGCCGCUACUGUCUGAAGGCCUUCCGCCAGCUCUCUCACCUCCAGCAGCACACACGGAUCCACACGAAGGUCCACAUUGCUGUAUCCAAGCCCCACAAGUGCCCGCACUGCUCCAAAACCUUCGCCAACAGCUCCUACCUGACUCAGCACGUGCGCAUCCACUCGGGGGCUAAGCCGUACAACUGCCGCUACUGUCAGAAGGCCUUCCGCCAGCUCUCUCACCUCCAGCAGCACACACGGAUUCACACAGGAGACCGGCCCUACAAAUGCGUCCACCCCGGGUGUGACAAGGCCUUCACCCAGCUGUCCAACCUCCAGUCACACAGGAGGCAGCACAACAAAGAUAAACCAUUCAAGUGCCACAACUGCCACCGGGCGUACACCGACGCUACAUCCCUAGAGGUCCACCUGUCUACUCACACCGUCAAACAUGCGAAAGUGUACACGUGUUCCAUCUGUAGCCGAGCGUAUACUUCGGAAACCUACCUGAUGAAACAUAUGAGGAAACACAACGCACCAGAGACUCAACAGCCUCCCCCUACACAGGUCCUGACCUCUCAAGCACAUUUCACGCCUGUGUCCCAAGCCUCCACAUCUGAUGGACCUCAGUGCUCCUUCGACAUGAAUCCCUUCAAGACUGAUCAUCACAAGGACUUAUGUUUGACAGUCUCCACCAGCGCCAUUCAAGUGGAGCAUCUUGCCAGUUCCUAGUUAUACACAUGGGCGGGGUGGGGUACAAAUAUCCGUGCGAGAGGGGAGGUUUUGGACCAGACAAACAUGGGAAGCAUUAAGAGGUCUGGACCAGACCAUUCUUGGUGGGUAGGGGUAAUGAGAGUGACAAAAAAGCAAGUACCAUUAUGGGCAGGAACUUUGGCUUGACAGUAACACAGAAGGCAGAGAGAAUGGACUUGUAUGCCGCCUCAGUAAUGAGAGAGGUGUUCAAGCUGUUACAAGAAUUGCUGGAGCCCCGAACAUGCACCAAAGCCCGGCUGAACCCCUUCGUGCUACUGCUGCUUGCUGAGAGUAUACAUUAUUAGCACACUGAGAAAAUGCAGUGCGCCAGCAGUGUUAUAAACCCGCACUGCGUUCUGUGAGAGCCUGCAGUGACGGUGGACAGGAUUAUGCUGUGUGGGGAGCCAGUGUUAUGGAUGGACUGCAGUGCACAGCCAGCAAUACUGCCCAUAUGGGACAGGUCGGGGGAAGAAUGGUUUAUGAACUUUGGACUUUUUUUAUUUUAUACCCUUAUACGUAAAUAGGGGAAGGGAGGGAUUUCUGUAUUAUAUAUUAUUUUAUCCUUAUCUGGUUCCUGCUCUUGGUCACCUUACAUCUUCCAUGGAAGUAUGCUGCAUAGGAUGGAGGGGGGAGGCCAUAAAACAACUGACAUUGCUGGUCUCAGGCCAGGAAGUGACACUCUGCAUUAUAGGUUAUAUUAGCUAGAUCUGCUAAUCUUCCAGGGAAGGGUUGUUAAGCCUGUGUCCUGGAUAUCAUUAUGUAUAAAUAUAUACAGAACAAAA